AUGCAAAUUGUUGAAGAACUGUUGGAACAAAGUGUAAAAUUGCAGAGUGAUAUUCGGUCGAUUGCUUUAGAACUGGCACAAUUGCAAAAUGGUUUGGAACAAGAGGUAACUGAGUUUUGUAAUCUCGUAGAUAAAGGCCCCAGCGAUCAAGGGUUGGUAGAGUUGACCAUGAACAUGUCUUCUUUCAUCACAGGGGUAACAAAAACAUCUGACGGUAACAACAAUAGUAGCAGCAAUAGGAAGAAGAUAUAUGAUAAGAAUAAUGAAUCAUUUUUUUGA